AUGAAGCUUGUCGGCAUGCGGGGGCCUUGUUCUCCAUUGUUUCUAUUUGCCACUUUUCUAGCCAAGCAACAGGCCAGGCUGUCGAUGUUCAUUGUUAUGCAACUUAGGGUUCAAUUGAUGCCGUGGGGUCUGGAAAGCAGUGGCCAAAGAAAAAAAAACCGAACGGACGAAAGAAAAUGGACCCCCAAAGGCUUGUGGGCGAACCACUACGAGCUGGGCAAACUGGGGUUACAUCUUUUGGUUUUGGCUGAUUUCGAUUCAGGGGCUCCUCCAGAGUCAGUGCCUAGCGCGGGCGCUGCCGUUGGUGGGCUUGAUGUCUGA